AUGACUACUGGUGGCUUGGCGGACGAGCCGGCCUCGGAGGCCUGGCGCCGCCUCGACCCCCUGCUUCAACCCGGUCGGAUGAUCCAGGUGGCACUGGAUGAAGCCGGCAAGGCCAAGCCGGUGCCGCCUCCGAAGCCGGCCGGCGAGGGAAGCCGGCAGCAGCACAACCAACAGAACAACAAGCGCAAAGCCGAUCAGCCGGCUCAGCGCUACGACAACCGGCUCGUCGCGGCCGCCGAGCAGGCGCCCGCAACCGACCUGGCUGCCAAGCGCCGGAACGCCGGGAAAACGACAUGGCAGCCCGCCAUGAGUUUCGAGGAGAUGCUCGACGCUCCCUGCAAGCACCACAGCGGCGCGAGUCCGUCCACGCACACGCUGCGACAAUGCGCCAUCACCAAGCACAUCGCAAGGGGCGACAUCCCGCCGCCACCGGCUCCGGCUCCGGGAGCAGGGCAGCCGCCUCCGCCCCCGCCACCGCCUCCAGCCGGCGGUGCAAUGCGUGACGACCCCUACCCGGCCUAG